AUGAGUUUUGACAAAAUUGUCGAUGGCGGUAGCAGUUGCGGUCAGAGUAGUGGUUCACGGGUAAAUAUAAGUGGUACACUUGCUGUUGUUGGUGCAAUCACUUCAGUAAUUAGGAAGCUUAGUCAAAAACAAGCAUUAUCUUAUGUCCUACCAUUUGUUACAUAUCCUUUAGAUACUAGUAAAUCCCAACAUAUUAUGCAUAUGGAAGGUGUAAUACUAGCAACUGUAAACAAUUGGACAGGAUUAUUUAAUAUGACAAAUCAGUACAGCUUUGAACCAAAAUUCAAUGAACCAGAUUUUAACAAGAAUAUAUCAUAUGCAUUAAAGAUAAUGAUUAUGUUGUAUUAA